AUGGGGACGGCGCCCAACCGUCUCUUCGAUUCGAAGAACUUCCCGGCCGGGAUGGGGGUGAUGGUCGUUGACGACGACUUACUGUGCCUCAAAGUUGUGGAAAAGAUGCUCAAGGCUUGUAAAUAUAGAGUCACCGCGUGCUCCACCGCGGAGUCCGCGCUCGCCAUCUUGCGCACGAGGAAGGAUGAGUUCGACAUCGUGCUGAGCGACGUGCACAUGCCAGACGUGGAUGGGUUCAAGCUGUUGGAAAUAAUUCAGUUCGAACUCAACCUGCCAGUGCUCAUGAUGAGCGCGAACUCAGAUUCGAGCGUAGUACUGCGAGGGAUCAUUCACGGUGCCGUGGAUUACCUCCUCAAACCGGUGCGAAUCGAGGAGUUGAGAAAUAUUUGGCAACACGUCGUGCGACGCGAUUACUCAGCGAGAAACUCCGGUUCUGAGGACGGGGUGAACCCAUCGUCGCCGAGCAAGCGAUUGAAGACGUCGGGUUCGGAUUCGAAGAGCGAAGAGGUCGAGCGUGCGGCGAACGAAGCCGGCUCGAGCAAGGCGAGGAAGAAACCGGCGGGGAAGAAGGGUGCCAAGGGUAGUAAGGAGAAGGAGGCUGAGAGGAAAGGGGACGCCAUCGACAGUUCAAAGAAGCCUCGAGUAGUGUGGAGCGCAGAGUUGCACACCCAGUUCGUCACGGCGGUGAAUCAACUCGGCAUUGAUAAGGCGGUACCGAAACGCAUCCUCGACCUCAUGGGGAUUCAAGGUCUGACGCGAGAGAACGUCGCCAGUCACUUGCAAAAAUAUCGACUUUACUUGAAGCGCCUGCAAGGAAAUGACUUGAUGCGCAACGGGUCAAACGCCUCCUCAAGCGGCGGUGUCUCCCAAAGUCGAGCGAAAGAGCAGCCUAUGACCAUCAAGGGGAAGAAUGUUAACCCUUUCUUGGAUGACAACAUAUUCCGCGCCGAUGAUUUGGGCCUUCCAGGCGACCUGGGUAACAUUGGUUACGAUGCUUCGUUUGACCCGUCUCUGCUCGCGCCGCUGGAUCUCGACAAGGUCGGCAAGAGCGACGUUCUCGGCGCCGAUCCGUCGGAUAACAUACUCAAUUUCUUCUUCCAAGGAGAUUAA